AUGUCGUCCCCCUCUUCGGCUCGACCCUAUCGGUCAAAACGUCAACGGCCGUGUGAUCAAUGCCGAGCCCGCAAGCUGGGCUGUCAGACCGAUGGUGGAAUUCCGUGUCAACGGUGUCGGGCGACUCGGCUGGAUUGUACAUUCGAUAACCCUCCGCCGAAGAGACCGCGAGUGUCGGAGCCACUGUCGUCCUUUGACGUCCCGAGUAUCGAAGUAGCGCUCCCCUCCCAACCCGAACACAGCAUCUUGGGCUCUGCUUCGACUCAAGCAAGGAGUGUGUCUCAAAAUGCCGAGCCCCGGUUCUCUUCAUUGGCCCUUGAUCAAACCGCCAAUGACCCAUCGCCAGCCUCGGGCAUGUUGCCCAUGGGAGGGCCGCCAACUCAGUUUGUUCAGAGCAUAGAUCAACUCGACCAUGGAUAUGCGCAGUUAUUCGGUGCAUCGGCCGAAUCAGACCCAUGGCUGCUGAGGCACUGCCAAUUCGAUGACUCAGGCAUGAAAUUUUUCUACAAGGUGCACUUUCGCAACGCCGGAGGGGUCCCGACCGCACAGAGGAUACCGGUCCACUUUAUGAUUUCUUCCGAUGAACUCACCACGGCAUUCAAGCACGAGACUCGAGCGGGCGUGGGCGAUGCGACCCGUGAUCGUUUAAACUACCUCGUACCGCCCGAAUAUGGAAGAAGGCUCGUUGCGCUAUUUGUCAAGUAUGUCUUCCCGGCGUUGCCAAUCAUCUCGCGCUCCCAACUAGGGUUGAGCGCGGCAUCAUACCAGCUUCCAGAGCUGUCCACCUUGGCCAAGGUUCCGGUGCACCUGCUGGCGGCCGUCUAUGCAUCCGCAUUCCCCUUCGUCGGCCACGAUGAUUACCUCUGUGUACUGAACAUGUAUCACACAUCGCCCAUUGAGACUUUGUGGCGCAUGGUAUACGAAUUAGUGACCGAGGAAAUCCAUAGUCCUCGUCUCGCUGUUGUGCAAGCGGCCCUGUUGUAUGUCCAUCAGCACCCGACAGACGAGGCCCGUUUCACGACCGCCGACACGCCAUUUGUGUGGUCUUUUGUCGGCCAACUCGUGGGCUUGGCAUGCUCCCUCGGCCUUCACAUUGAAUGCCGUAUGUGGGGCAUUCCGGCGUGGGAAAAGCGUCUACGGCGACGGCUCUGGUGGGCAGUCUAUGCCGAGGAUAAAUGGAGGAGUUUGCUAAUGGGUCGGCCUCCCUUUAUCCACCCUGCGGAGUGGGAUGUCAGCGACUUGGAUGAAGGUGACUUCCUGGUCGGCCCUCGUCAAGGAUUCUCAACGUCAUCGUGCGAUACCGAAAUCCCCUUUCGAUACCUUGUGAACCUUGCCCGCAUCGCCGAGGAAAUCCAUGAGACCUUUUAUACCCUCAGGGCAUCCCAAUUUCUGAAUGCGAACUUCAACACAUCAUCUGACUUGGGACGUGCUCUGCUUGAGAAGUUGAACGAGUGGUAUUCGUCUCUCCCAGAAACCUUUCGGCUCCCCAAUUGGAGCAAGUCCGUCCACGGACUCGCACCAUACCCGACGUCAAUCCAUUUUGCAUAUUUAUUGCUCGUGGUUUAUGUCUACCGUGCGAUGCUUCGACCUAUGGCGCGAUCCUCCAGCCCUCCAUUAAUAUUUGAUUUAGAAGAUAUGUCGGCAACUUCGUUGCCAGUGGACGAGGCAAUCCUGGAUUUUGCAGAAGUUCCGGAGCUUGAAUCUUUGCCAGAGAUUGAGAUCUCUGACGAGUAUGGUACCGGAGAAGCGACCUUGCAUGCGGCGGAGAAGUGUGCGACAAUCGUCGUCAAUUUCACGAGACGCUUGACAUCCAGUGACUUCACCGGCUUCUGGUAUUCCUGUACGGCGCCCAUCAAGCUCGAUUUGGAGAUACCGAUUGCUGAUUUUACUUUCCCAGGGUCCCGCAUUGGCUUCGCGACAAUCUCCAAUUUUUUGAUGCUACUCCUAGUGCAGGCCCCGAACAUCGCCCAUGCAACCCGUGGGAAAAGCUUGGUAGACUCUUGGUUGCAAGUGUUGCGAUGCCAGAGCCAAAGCUUUCCCCUUGUGAAGUUGGGUCUGGCACGAUUGGAUGCGCUGCAUUGGGCUGGGUUAUCAGAAACAUUUGCUCUUCCCCCGCAGGUGGAAGAAGUCAUUGCCAAUCCUCAUUUCCCCGAGAGUUAA